GAGAGGGAUCUAGGCUACGCCGGGCGCUGAGUCCAGGUCCAGUCCCAGGCUGUCGCGGCCACCGCCCUGUCCGCGGUUCACCAGUCAGGUGUAAAGUGCCGUGUCAUUGGGGAUGCUGGUGGCCGGAGCAUUGAAUUACAGCUCUGUGGAGCCGACGUAGGGCUGCGGGGGUGGACAAUGAAUAGAAGCCCCUGCUCUCGCAACGCCCGCAGACUGGCGUUGAGCGCAGCCAGGGGGCGGGGACGAGCCUAGCCCACUGGAGAGGCUUGGGUUGGCCUGUUCCCUUUUAAGAGCAGCUGCUCUGAUCCAGGAGCCAGAGAUCCGGAGGCAGGCUCGCUCCACCGGCCCUCUCCAGGGAGGGCACCCGCGAGCAGCGCCUCGGUCCGGCCCGACCGGUCCUUCCCAGCCCUCUUCGCUCCCGGGGCGCACGGGACAUUAGGCGCGCCAGGCAUGCUGAGGGUCUUCAUCCUCUACGCCGAGAACGUCCACACCCCGGACACCGACAUCAGCGAUGCCUACUGCUCCGCGGUGUUUGCAGGGGUGAAGAAGAGAACCAAAGUCAUCAAGAACAAUGUGAACCCCGUGUGGAAUGAGGGCUUUGAGUGGGACCUCAAGGGCACCCCCCUGGACCAGAGCUCUGAGCUUCACGUGGUGGUCAAAGACCAUGAGACCAUGGGGAGGAACAGGUUCCUGGGGGAAGCCAAGGUCCCACUCCGGGAGGUCCUUGCCACUCCCAGCCUGUCUGCCAGCUUCAAUGCCCCCCUGCUGGACACCAAGCAGCAACCCACUGGGGCCUCGCUGGUCCUGCAGGUGUCCUACACGCCACUCCCUGGAGCUGUGCCCCUGUUCCCACCCCCUGUUCCCUUGGAACCAUCCCCGACACUGCCUGACCUGGACAUGGUGGCUGACACAGGAGGAGAGGAGGACACGGAGGACCAGGGGCUCACAGGAGAUGAAGCAGAACCAUUCCUGGAUCAGAGUGGCACUCCAGGCCCGGGGGGCCCCACCACCCCCAGGAAGCUGCCUUCCCAUCCUCCCCCCUACCACCCGGGGAGCAAAAGAAAGAGAAGUGCACCCCCAUCCAGAAAGCCGCUGUCGGAUAAGCAGCAGGACUUCCAGAUCAGAGUCCAGGUGAUCGAGGGGCGCCAGCUGCCGGGAGUGAACAUCAGACCUGUGGUCAAGGUCACUGCUGCCGGGCAGACCAAGAGGACUCGGAUCCACAAGGGAAACAGCCCUCUCUUCAACGAGACUCUUUUCUUCAACGUGUUUGACUCUCCCCUGGAGCUGUUUGAUGAGCCCAUCUUUAUCACAGUGGUAGACUCCCGUUCCCUCCGGACAGAUGCGCUCAUUGGGGAGUUCCGGAUGGACGUGGGCACCAUUUACAGAGAGCCCCGUCAUGCCUAUCUCAGGAAGUGGCUGCUCCUCUCGGACCCUGACGAUUUCUCUGCUGGGGCCAGAGGCUACCUGAAAGCCAGCCUUUGUGUGCUGGGGCCUGGAGAUGAAGCUCCUCUGGAGAGAAAAGACCCCUCUGAAGACAAGGAGGACAUCGAAGGCAAUCUGCUCAGGCCGACUGGUGUGGCCCUUCGAGGAGCCCACUUCUGCCUGAAGGUCUUCAGAGCUGAGGACUUGCCUCAGAUGGAUGAUGCUGUGAUGGACAACGUGAAGCAGAUCUUUGGCUUUGACAGUAACAAGAAGAACUUGGUGGACCCCUUUGUGGAAGUCAGCUUUGCAGGGAAAAUGCUCUGCAGCAAGAUCCUGGAGAAGACGGCCAACCCCCAGUGGAACCAGCACAUCACGCUGCCCGCCAUGUUUCCCUCCAUGUGUGAAAAAAUGAAGAUCCGUGUAGUGGACUGGGAUCGCCUUACUCACAAUGAUAUCGUGGCCACCACCUACCUGAGUAUGUCGAAAAUCUCUGCCCCUGGAGGAGAGAUAGAAGAGGAGCCUGCAGGUGUGGUCAAGCCUCCACGAGCCACAGACCUGGAUGACAAUCUGGGCUUCCUCCCCACCUUCGGGCCCUGCUACGUGAACCUCUAUGGGAGCCCCAGGGAGUUCACAGGCUUCCCGGACCCAUAUGCAGAGCUCAACAUUGGCAAGGGGGAAGGUGUGGCCUACCGAGGCCGGCUUCUGGUGUCCCUGGAGACCAAGCUGGUAGAGCAGCACAGUGAGCAGAAGGUGGAGGACCUCGCCGCAGACGACAUCCUCCGGGUGGAGAAGUACCUCCGGAGGCGCAAGUACUCCCUCUUUGCCGCCUUCUACUCGGCUUCCAUGCUGCAGGACGUGGACGACGCCAUCCAGUUUGAGGUCAGCAUUGGGAACUAUGGGAACAAGUUCGACACCACCUGCCUGCCGCUGGCCUCCACCACCCAGUACAGCCGGGCGGUCUUUGACGGGUGCCACUACUACUACUUACCCUGGGGCAACGUGAAGCCUGUGGUGGUGCUGUCAUCCUACUGGGAGGACAUUAGCCACAGAGUGGAGACUCAGAACCAGCUGCUCAGGAUCGCUGACCGACUGGAAGCUGGCCUGGAGCAGGUCCACCUGGCCCUGAAGGCCCAGUGUUCCACUGAGGACAUGGACUCCCUGGUGACUCAGCUGAUGGAUGAGCUCAUCGCAGACUGCAGCCAGCCCCUGAGUGAUGUCCAUGAGAUACCUUCUGCCACCCACCUGGACCAGUACCUGUUCCGACUGCGUACCCGCCACCUGAGCCAAAUCACUGAGGCUGCACUGGCCCUGAAGCUUGGGCAAAUUGAGCUCUCUGCUGCCCUGGAGCAGGCUGAGGACUGGCUCCUGCGUCUUCGUGUCCUGGCAGAGGAGCCCCAGAACAGCUUGCCGGACGUCAUCAUCUGGAUGCUGCAGGGAGACAAGCGUGUAGCCUACCAGCGGGUGCCGGCCCACGAAGUCCUCUUCUCCCGGCGCGGGGCCAGCUACUGUGGCAAGAAUUGUGGGAAGCUGCAGACCAUUUUUCUGAAAUAUCCAAUGGAGAAGGUACCUGGGGCCCGGAUGCCUGUGCAGAUACGAGUCAAGCUCUGGUUUGGGCUUUCUGUGGAUGAGAAGGAGUUCAACCAGUUUGCCGAGGGCAAGCUGUCUGUCUUUGCCGAAACUUAUGAGAACCAGACCAAGCUGGCCCUGGUUGGGAACUGGGGCACCACGGGCCUUACCUACCCCAAGUUUUCUGACGUCAGGGGCAAGAUCAAGUUACCCAAAGACAGCUUCCGCCCCUCUGCUGGCUGGGCCUGGGCUGGAGAUUGGUUCGUGUGUCCAGAAAAGACCUUGCUCCAUGAUGCUGAUGCUGGUCACCUGAGCUUCGUGGAGGAGGUGUUUGAGAACCAGACCCGGCUCCCCGGGGGCCAGUGGAUCUACAUGAGUGACAACUACACUGAUGUGAAUGGAGAGAAGGUGCUUCCGAAGGAUGACAUUGAGUGCCCACUGGGGUGGAAGUGGGAAGAUGAGGAAUGGUCCACGGACCUCAACCGGGCUGUCGAUGAACAAGGCUGGGAGUACAGCAUCACUAUCCCUCCGGACCGAAAGCCGAGGCACUGGGUCCCUGCAGAGAAGAUGUACUACACACACCGACGGCGGCGCUGGGUCCGCCUGCGCAGGAGGGACCUCAGCCAGAUGGAAGCACUGAACAGGCACAGGCAGGCGGAGGCGGAGGGCGAGGGCUGGGAGUAUGCCUCUCUCUUUGGCUGGAAGUUCCACCUCGAAUAUCGCAAGACGGAUGCUUUUCGCCGCCGUCGCUGGCGCCGCCGCAUGGAGCCACUGGAGAAGACGGGGCCAGCAGCUGUGUUUGCCCUCGAGGGGGCUCUGGGUGGUGUAGUGGACGAUAGGAGCGACGAUUCUGUGUCCGUCUCUACCUUGAGCUUCGGUGUGAACAGACCCACCAUCUCCUGCAUCUUUGACUACGGGAAUCGCUACCACCUACGCUGCUACAUGUACCAGGCCCGGGACCUGCCAGCGAUGGACAAGGACUCUUUUUCUGAUCCCUAUGCGAUCGUCUCCUUCCUGCACCAGAGUCAGAAGACAGUGGUCGUAAAGAACACCCUGAACCCCACCUGGGACCAGACCCUUAUCUUCUACGAGAUUGAGAUCUUCGGUGAGCCGGCCAGCGUUGCUGAGCAGCCGCCCAGCAUCGUGGUAGAGCUCUAUGACCACGACACCUACGGUGCAGAUGAGUUCAUGGGUCGCUGCAUAUGUCAACCAAGCCUGGAAAGGAUGCCCCGGCUGGCCUGGUUCCCACUGAUGAGGGGCAGCCAGCCAGCGGGGGAGCUGCUGGCAUCUUUUGAGCUCAUCCAGAGAGAGAAGCCGGCCAUCUACCAUAUUCCUGGCUUUGAGGUGCAGGAUACAUCAAGGAUCCUGGAUGAGUCCGAGGACACAGACUUGCCCUACCCGCCACCCCAGAGGGAGGCCAAUGUCUACGUGGUUCCCCAGAACAUCAAACCACUUCUCCAGCGUACAGCCAUUGAGAUCCUGGCAUGGGGUCUGCGGAACAUGAAGAGCUACCAGCUGGCCAGCGUCUCCUCCCCCAGCCUCGUGGUGGAGUGCGGGGGCCAGGCGGUGCAGUCCUGUGUCAUCAGGAACCUCCGGAAGAACCCCAAUUUUGAUGUUUGCACCCUCUUCAUGGAAGUGAUGCUGCCCAGGGAGGAACUCUACUGUCCCCCCAUCGUGGUGAAGGUCAUUGAUAACCGCCAGUUUGGUCGCCGGCCUGUAGUGGGCCAGUGCACCAUCCGUUCCCUGGAGAGCUUCCUGUGUGACCCCUACUCACCGGAGAGUCCGUCCCCACAGGGCGGCCCAGAUGAUGUGAGCUUACUCAGUCCUGGAGAAGAUGUGCUCAUUGACAUCGAUGACAAGGAGCCCCUCAUCCCCAUCCAGCUUUCGGAUGGUCUGUCAAGCUGGGCCGCCACUAACACGGUGUCCUCUCCUUCCGGCCCUCAUGAAGAGGAGUUCAUCGACUGGUGGAGCAAAUUCUUUGCCUCAAUAGGGGAGAACGAAAAGUGUGGCUCCUAUUUGGAGAAGGAUUUUGACACUCUAAAGGUCUAUGACACAUCACUGGAGAAUGUGGAGGCUUUUGAAGGCCUGUCCGACUUUUGCAACACCUUCAAGCUCUACCGGGGCAAGACUCAGGAGGAGACAGAAGAUCCAUCUGUCAUUGGGGAAUUUAAGGGCCUCUUCAAAAUUUAUCCCCUCCCAGAAGAUCCAGCCAUCCCCAUGCCCCCAAGACAGUUCCACCAGCUGGCUGCCCAAGGGCCCCAGGAGUGCUUGGUCCGUAUUUACAUUGUCCGAGCAUUUGGCCUGCAGCCCAAGGACCCCAAUGGGAAGUGUGAUCCUUACAUCAAGAUCUCCAUUGGGAAGAAAUCUGUGAGUGACCAGGAUAACUAUAUCCCCUGCACUCUGGAGCCUGUAUUUGGAAAGAUGUUUGAGCUGACCUGCACUUUGCCUCUGGAGAAGGACCUGAAGAUCACCGUCUACGACUAUGACCUCCUCUCCAAGGAUGAGAAGAUUGGGGAGACAGUCAUUGACCUGGAGAACAGGCUGCUGUCCAAGUUUGGGGCCCGCUGUGGACUCCCGCAGACCUACUGUGUCUCUGGACCGAACCAAUGGAGGGACCAGCUCCGCCCCUCCCAGCUCCUCCACCUCUUCUGCCAGCAGCACAAGGUCAAGGCCCCCGUGUACCGGACGGACUCUGUGACCUUUCAGGAUAAAGAAUAUACCAUUGAGGAGAUCGAGGCUGGCAGGAUCCCGAACCCACACCUGGGCCCAGUAGAGGAGCGCCUGGCUUUGCACGUUCUUCAGCAGCAGGGCCUGGUCCCCGAGCACGUGGAGUCACGGCCCCUCUACAGCCCUCUGCAGCCAGACAUUGAACAGGGGAAGCUGCAGAUGUGGAUCGACCUGUUUCCCAAGGCCUUGGGGCGGCCUGGACCUCCCUUCAACAUCACCCCACGGAGAGCCAGAAGGUUUUUCCUACGUUGUAUUGUCUGGAACACCAAAGACGUGAUCCUGGACGACCUCAGCAUCACAGGCGAGAAGAUGAGCGACAUUUAUGUGAAAGGCUGGAUGGUCGGCUUUGAAGACCACAGACAGAAGACAGACGUGCACUACCGCUCCCUGGGCGGCGAGGGCAACUUCAACUGGAGAUUUAUUUUCCCCUUUGACUACCUGCCUGCGGAGCAAGUCUGCUCUGUCUCCAAGAAGGAUGCCUUCUGGAGGCUGGACAAGACAGAGAGCAAAAUCCCAGCAAGAGUGGUAUUCCAGAUCUGGGACAACGACAAGUUCUCCUUUGAUGACUUUCUGGGCUCCCUGCAGCUGGAUCUCAACCGCAUGCCCAAGCCAGCCAAGACGGCUGAGAAGUGCUCUCUGGACCAGCUGGACGACACCUUCCACCCGGAAUUGUUUGUGUCCCUUUUUGAGCAGAAGACAGUGAAGGGCUGGUGGCCCUGUGUAGCAGAGGAGGGUGAGAAGAAGAUUCUCGCGGGCAAGCUGGAAAUGACCUUGGAGAUCGUGUCAGAGAAUGAGCAUGAGGAACGGCCUGCUGGCCAGGGACGGGACGAACCCAACAUGAAUCCAAAGCUCGAGGAUCCAAAGCGCCCUGACACCUCUUUCCUGUGGUUCACCUCCCCGUACAAGACUGUGAAGUUCAUCCUGUGGCGGCGCUUCCGGUGCGCCUUCAUCCUCUUCCUCAUUCUCUUCAUCCUGCUGCUGUUCCUGGGCAUCUUCGUCUACGCCUUCCCGAACUAUGCUGCCAUGAAGCUGGUGAAGCCCUUCAGCUGAGGACCCUCCUGUUCUGGAGAAGGGGGCGCGGGCUGCCCUCCCAGCCAGGGCUGGCCUGCCUCCUCGGCCCAGCUCAGCCAAGCUCCUCCAGACCUCCGCAGCCUGACCCUCCUGCCAGGUCGGGCGGACAGCACCUGCUGCAAGAGUGACUGAUGAACGUGGAGCCCUGGGAUCACCCACUUCCAUCAUCUCUUUCUCCCCCCAACCUGAUCCCCUUUUGGAUCAGCUCAUAUAAUUUCAGUAUAAAACAGACUGAACCACA